GAGAGCAAGAGAGAGAGAGAGAGAGAGAGAGAAGAGGUGAAUCCGAAACACUUGGCUUUGCAGUCUUUGAUCCCAUCCGUAGACGGAUUCCAUCUCACUGCUCAGCACCGCUGCACAGAGCUGGUAGCAGACAUGGACUCCCUCUCCACACCUCAUAAUAUCCAGAUCAGUGAGGUGACCUGUGACUCCUUCCGCAUCGCCUGGGAGAUGGUGCCUGAGGACGCGCAGAGGGUGACCCACUACUUCAUUGAUCUGAGUCGCAAGGAGGGCGGGGACCCCAACCGCUUCAAACACAGGGAUGUUCCCACCAAGCUGGUGGCCAAGGCAGUCCCCCUGCCCAUGGCUGUGAGGGGACACUGGUUUCUGAGCCCCCGCACAGAGUACUGCGUGGCUGUCCAAACGGCCAUACGGCUACCAGAUGGGGGAGACUACCACGUGUCUGACUGGAGCCAAGUGGUGGAGUUCUGCACUGGGGACUAUGCUAUGGAGCACCUCCAGCAGCUUCUGGAGAAAGCCCAGGGCGUAUCAGGGAGAAUGCUCAGAUUCUCUAUGUUCUAUCGGAACCAACACCCCGAUUACUUCCAUCAUGUCAGGACGGCGUGUGGGGGACUGAUGCAUCGAGCACUGAAAGACAACAGCGGGAGCCAUGGCUCUCCAAUCAACGGCACCCUGCAGGGAGUCUUCUUCAGUUGCCACACAGAGUUUGACACGGGCUUGCCCCCGAACGACUCCCCCUAUGGCCCCCUGCGCUUCCAAAUCCCCGCUGGAUGCCUGCUCAACCAAACCACCAGCCUUUACUUUGCUGACUUCUACUGCAUGUACACUGCCUACCACUACGUCAUUCUGGUGCUGGCCCCUGCUGGCUCAGAGGGGGAUGACUUCUGCCGCACCCGGCUGCCCAAGCUGGACCUCUCAGCCAAUCCCUUCCUGACCUACAGCCCCCCGCAAAGGGAGGGGGAGGAGCCUGUGUUCUGCCACGCCCACGACGUGAUCCUGGAAGUGUUCUUCACCGAGCCUGUGCACCUGGAGCAUGGCACUCUUGCAGAGAUCAGCGGCCAUCACCAGCUGAUGAGCCAGUCCACAGCUAAUGCCAAAAAGGAUCCCAGCUGCAAGAUCUGCAAUAUCAGUGUGGGUCGCUAAGCUGGGCAGGGUGGAACUCAAAUCUGGACUCAUUUUUGUGGAAGGACAACAGGUAUGUGGGACACCCCACCUGCCUGACCGUGUGCAUGCUCUUCACAACACGUGGAGUUAAAGACCAAAAAUGAAAAUAGCCCCUUAUCUCCAAAAAUGAGUUUACCAAGGGUUACAUUUCUCUUUUAAAAAAAUCCUCAUAAUAGAAAGAUAAGCCUUAUGUUGACAGCAUGUUAACAAAACUGAGAGAACAGACCAGGGUAAAAUUGUAUUUGGUUAGGAACAAGGCCAUUCUACUGUACAGUAUAUGUACUAUAAUGCUAUUACAUUUUAGGUUGGUACAAUUGUUGCCAAGGUGUUUAAAGCAUUCUGUCCAGUUGAUCUCGGUAUGUUCAGUUUGUAAUGUGUUUUAUAUUGCUUGGGUUAGUCAUAAAAACUCUUUAAUGUCAUAAACUUAAAUCAGAAAACAGGCAACCACAAUGGCUAGAAGUUUGUAAUAUGUAAUACAAAAAACAAAAACUCUUCAUCUGUUUUUUCUUUAUAAAUAUUGAACAAAAACCAGCAGAGAAAACAAGCCUUUCCUAGUUUUUUUUGCCUCUCCUAGCUAGCAGCAGUACCUACCUCCAGGCCAGUUUGAGGUGGGAAACAUGAUGAGUCAUUUGCUGAAGAAAUGCUGGGUUCUGACAUUUGUUAAGCUGACCGUUAAACUCAACUUGACUGUUCAAUCAUGAAGCUUGUCUAAUUCUUUUGUGAUUGAAUUCUGGGUAGGUUUUCACAUUGCUUCUGUCUUUUGGACUCAAUGGCAUACAAUGCAUGCUCUGUUGCCCAUAUAUGGUCCUGGAUGCACAAUGUGUAUUUUCUUUAUAUUUUUGGUUCUACAUGUGCCACAGUUAUUCAGGAUUCAUUUAGCUAUUACAAUUAAAUGCUGACCUUAUAUACAAAUUACAGGAAUGUGAAAGAAAGAUAUGUGCUGAUAAAAAGAUAAAAUGUGGUUUAUCCAAAACUGUUUCUUACUAUCUGAUAUUUGACAGUCUCAGUUAAGACAAACUGCUAUUUUGACUUAUUUCAUCAAUAAAUCAAAUGUAUUAUAACAAUGACCGAUCAGCAGGUACCUCAAUAUCAAAUCCAGAUCAGCAGUCUAUCAACAGCAAGCCACACUAUUUGAAUGAACAUUCCCUAUAACAUUGGCAUAGUGUUACAAUUCUCUGCCCUGUACCUUGCACUUUUAUUCAGAAUAGACUUCUCAGUGCACCCCUCCAUGCUAUCCACAAUUUCCUCAUAUCAUAUUUAAAUAACUGCGGAUGAGACAUUUAUAUAUCGAGUACCCCUCAGUACAUGACUUAGGAAGCACAAUUGAUACAUUUGUGUAAAGUGAAUGAAAUUGUACACUUGAAUGUUUAAACCUUCAAACGACAUAUCAUUGAAUGGGGCGUGGAGGCAGGGGGCCAUGCACCUGAUACAUGCUGUGAUUUAUAGUGUCUUGAGUAUCCCUAAAUGUUUUUACUGUCUUAUGAAAGUCCCGUAUGUAUUGUGCAAAAUGACCAACAGUCCAUGGAACUACCACUGACUGUAUAUAUACUGAAAUAUUUUACAUUCUUGCAAUUACUGUAUUAUAUGUGUACAUAAUCUAUGUGUUUAAAUGUGUUUCUGCCAAUUAAAUCUGCACCAGGAGGGUUAA